UCUGACACAUGGAUCCCCUGGGCCCAGCCAAGCCACAAUGGCUGUGGCGCCACUGUCUGGCCGGGCUGCUGUUUCAGCUGCUGGUGGCUGUGUGUUUCUUCUCCUACCUGCGUGUGUCCCAAGACGAUGCCACUGGGUCCCCUAGGCCAGGGCUUACGGCCGUGGCACCUGUCACUGGAGCUCCCAGUGGGUCCCGCUGCCAGGACAGCACGACGACCCCUGCCCGCCCCACCCUCCUGAUCCUGCUGUGGACGUGGCCUUUUAACACACCCAUGGCUCUGCCCCGCUGUUCAGAGAUGGUGCCCGGCGCAGCCGACUGCAACAUCACUGCCGACUCCGAUGUGUACCCACAGGCAGACGCGGUCAUCGUGCACCACCGGGAUAUCAUGUACGACCCCAGUGCCGACCUCCCGCCCCCCACCAGGCCGCAGGGGCAGCGCUGGAUCUGGUUAAGCAUGGAGUCCCCAAGCCACUGCCGGCACCUGCAAGCCCUGGACGGAUACUUCAAUCUCACCAUGUCCUACCGCAGCGACUCCGACAUCUUCACGCCCUACGGCUGGCUGGAACCGUGGUCCGGCCAGCCUGCCCACCCACCACUCAACCUCUCGGCCAAGACCGAGCUGGUGGCCUGGGCGGUGUCCAACUGGAAGCCGGACUCAGCCAGGGUGCGCUACUACCAGAGCCUGCAGGCCCAUCUCAAGGUGGAUGUGUACGGGAAAUCCCACAAGCCCCUGCCCAGGGGGACCAUGAUGGAGACGCUGUCCAGGUACAAGUUCUACCUGGCCUUCGAGAACUCCUUGCACCCUGACUACAUCACCGAGAAGCUGUGGAAGAACGCCCUGGAGGCCUGGGCCGUGCCCGUGGUGCUGGGGCCCAGCAGAAGCAACUAUGAGAGGUUCCUGCCACCCGAUGCCUUCAUCCACGUGGACGACUUCCAGAGCCCCAGGGACCUGGCCCGAUACCUGCAGGAGCUGGACAAGGACCACGCCCGCUACCUGAGCUACUUUCGCUGGCGGGAGACGCUGCGGCCUCGCUUCUUCAGCUGGACACUGGCUUUCUGCAAGGCCUGCUGGAAACUGCAGGAGGAAUCUAGGUACCAAACAGUGCGCAGCAUAGCGGCUUGGUUCACCUGAGAGGCCGGUGAGGGGCCUGGGCUGCCGGGACCUCUUUCUCAGGGCCUCACCUACCUAGGGUCUCACUAGUCUGGGGAUUUACCUACCUGGGGCCUCACCUGCCUGGGGCCUCGCCUGCUGAAGCCUUUGGUGGCCAGGCGUGUGACUUACCUGGGACUUCACAUGCCGGGCUUUACCACUGCCAGGAGCCAACCCUGCUGGGGACCUUGCCGGCUGGGGACGGUGCCUACUGGGAACCUCGCUUGCUGGAG